AUGUCACAUGCAGGUACUAACCGUUGCACACACAUUUUAGUAAAACUAUGAUAAUAUUCUUGCCAUGGUUGAGCACAAGCUUGUGUUCUUGUGCCGUAAACAAGCUUUAUUAUUAAAAAGGUUUACGCAGAAAAUAAACGUUGUCCGAUUUUGCCGAAGCAUACUGUAUGCCAUAAACAAAUAACAAAAAUGCUAAUUACGGUUGCAUUGAAUACAGUGAUUUCAACUAAGGCUGUCUCCGAGAAUUUGAAUACGAGCGCGAAAGCUCGCUUGGAAUCGCUAAAAAAUUAAUGAAUUUUUUAGCGAUUCACAGAAAGCCUCUGGUAUUUGAUUUUCCACUUUGUUCGGGGAUUACCUUAAUUGAAUUAGCUGAAUACAAUGACCUAACAUAUUGUACGAUCAACUAAAUUUAAUUCAAGACAAGACAGAUGCUCAUGCAUGCUGAAAACAAUACUAUAUGCUUUACUUACUGAACAACAAAAACUUUCAACAAACCUGUCCAUAUAUAAAAUGAAUCGAGGACCUUUUCCGGUUGAAUAAAAUAUAGUAAGAAAUCGUGCUUUCUGUCAUCAUGAAUGCUGACUAAAUUUGCACCAUAGCCAGCACAAAAGUACUGGGCCGCUGCCCACUGAUGUGGUGUUGAGAAAUACUUGUAACAGUGUUUACCAUAAUAUAUCCAACCAUCCGGACAGCUCCCAUUUACUAGAAUAAAAAGUUAAGUUGCUUGAAUGAUUGUUAAAAUCCAUAAAAUGUAAUUAAACUGAAUUUCGUUCAAUAAAGAAGGGAAUACCGCAUAACCAGCAAAAUAAUCGAUCUAUCAAACAUUAAAAUGCCUGAACGGCAACAGUUGACAAGUUAUAUUGGGUAUAGCGUGAUGGUUCAAAUACACGAACAUGCAGACAGACUCAGAAAUUAAAAAAAGAUGUAUAUUUGCAGAAACCUAUGUAAGAAAAAAUUUUGUGUGGUGUCGUAUCUAGUAGCAGGGAGGUGUAGGGGAUCUACACAGAAACGUUUUGUAGUUAUCCGCCUUUACUACAGUACAAGUAUUUCGUAUGUUUUCUGAAAGAUAGCUUUAGAUAUACAUGCAGCGUUGCGUUAUACAUCAGAUAGACUAACCUAAUUUACUUGAAAUUAUAUGUUACGCUUGUAUUCAUGUUAUACAGAGAAAGGGACUAUAACUGGGUGGAAAAAUGUGGAAUGUGCCACCAUGGGGGCAGUGGGUGGGGGGACUUUGCCCCACCCAGUUAUUUAGUUAAAAAGUGCCCAGACUAUAUAUUAUGUAGUGAAGUCAUGAUGCUGUAAUUAAGAAAAAACUAAAAACCACGCAGACAGGUUUUAAUGAAAACUGGCAAAAACAUAUAACGUAUAAAAUAUCAACUAACGAAAAUAUUCUGUGAUACUGGAGUGCCGAAAACGUUUGUGACGACGCUAUGUGCGGAAUAACAUUAACUUACAUGGAAUGGUGACUUUUGGUUCUCCUAGAGAAAAUAACAAAAAUAUAUAGUACAAAACAUAAUCCGAAGAUUGGCAUCUUGAAACACAAAAUCUGAGUCAAACCAGACUCUGGUGAGUAUAAUGUUUCGAUUUUAUUACAAAAUCAUUACCAGACUAACUAUAGAUACAAUAUUUAACAAUUAUUGGCCGAAGGCGAAGUGAUUACCGGUGAUUGAUACGUUAUUAUAAGUAAUAGCAUGGCUUGAGGGAGAUUAGUGAUUAAAUGACCCCGUAACCCGAAGCAGUGAAAUAUAGUUCAGAUCCAUCGAACUAUAUACAUGAGAUUAAAGGACAUAACCCCGCUAACUGCAUUUCUGUCGACCUUUAGACCAAUAAACCUAAGGGGUCCGAGAUAGAAUAUGUCCCCUCGUUUCUGCUAUCAAAUGUGAUGUCACUGUCUCCAAAAAUAGACGAACUACAUGAAGUAGUACGCUGUGGGAAUUAUGAAUUUGUCAGUCUGGUGGAGACUUGGCUACAGAGUCACAUUCCCGACAAUGUUAUCAAUAUACAAGGAUAUAACAUAUUUCGUAGAGACAUGGUCGAAGGCACCCAUGGUGGUGUUUGUGUUUAUAUUAAAGAUUCCACAGCUUUUACAGUGCUUGAUGAACUCUAUAACAAUUCAUUUUAAAUACUGUGGAUCAACGUCCGACCCAAUAGACCACCCAGAGGAAUUACUAACCUGAUAGUUGGCACAGUAUACCACCCUCCCAGAGCGUACAAUUAGUCAGACAUGUCGGACUAUCUUUCAAAUUGUUUGUGACUAUCAGAGUCGCGUUUUCCCAACCACAGCCUUAUUACCCUUGGUGACUUUAAUAAGAUAAACGUGUCGAGACUAAGAUCGUGUUAUACUCUGAAACAACUCGUAAACUUCCCCACACGUGGGAAUAAUACGCUCGAUAUAGUCCUAACAAACCUUAGCACUAAUAUUACGACAAACCUACCAAAUGUGCCCCGUUUGGGUUAUCCGAUCAGGAGGUGGCAUGGAGGCAUGUGCCCCCAACCCCACUUUUUUAAAAGUGAAAAUAGUGCCCUUUUUCUGGGCUAAUGUUCCCCAUUUACAGAACGAAAAAAAUAUUUCUUUAACGCCCUCUUUUGACCUUUUUGCCGUAGUAAAGAGUAAGGACUCUGUAAAGGCCAUUUCCGACGUUAUAGAGUCUCCAUAUUUUUAAAAAUUUUCCUUCGGCUCGUGAAUGACAUAAAAUCGUUUGAUUUUGGGCAUAUACAAAAGUACUCUUUGGCCAAUGCCCCUCCACAUUCGAAAUGCUUCCGGGGCCUCUGAUUAAACCAAUUAAACAAUCACAAGUUCAAGGAACAUCAAGAAAAGUCCUUGGCAUUCAAACAAAGUUUUCAACACCCUACUGGCACCAAGGUAAUGCUACAGUUGAACGAUUUAUGUGAUCGUUAGGAAAAGCGUUCGAGACAGCGACACUUGAAUUAGAACAAGAAUUAAACGGUUUACUUUUACAAUGUCGUGCCACUCCAUAUUGGACUAUAGGAGUACCCCCAUCAGAACUGUUGUUUAACAGAGUGAUGAAAGGAAAAUUACCAGUUAUUAACAGCAAGAAGAUUGUCAAUCGACAUAAAGAAGCUCGAGACAAUGAACGCAACCGAGAAUAUGCAAAUCAAAGGAGAAACACAAGAAAAAGUGAUCUACAAGUUGGAAAUUAUGCAUUGGUUAGACAAGAAAAGAAAAACAAGCUCACAGCGAAUUUUAAUCACAAACCUUAUAAAAUAAUAAAGGAAACUGGUUCACAGAUAAUUGCCCAAAGUACAGAGUGUCAUAUUGUGAAAGGAACGUGUCACAUUUCAAGCGAAUAA